GGGCUGGGUUCGGUUUGGUUGGGGGAGUGGCCGUCAUCAUCCGAGGUGGCUCCAAUACCGUCACGCCAAGCAACCAGCUCACCUCACCAUCCUCGCCCGCCCUCCCCGCAUAACACAACCCCAACUCAACUAAACCAUACUAACCAAAUCAAAUCUCCCCCAGCCCCACCACCUCUUCUCUCUCCCAUGGCAUCCGAUCAGCACGACACCGUUUUCCCCGAAGAGGACCUUGACGACGACGACGACGAAUCUCAAGAGGACGAGGACGACGACGACGACGACGACGUUCUUGGUGAACCCGACGACGACGAAGAUCGCGAAGCUUCUCCUUCCACCUCUUCUGCCCUCGCCGUUACCGUCCCCGACCCUUCCGCCACCGUCACUGUCGCCGUCCCCGGCUCUGCUACCUCCAACGGCGCUGCUGCCCCAAUUUCCACGAUUGCCGCUACCACAAUUGUCGUCCCUGAUACCGUCGAUCGCAAGCGUCCGCGGAUUGACUCCGGCGAAGAGAAAAAGCCUCUGGACGAUUCACGCAGACUGUUUCAACGUCUUUGGACCGAUGAGGACGAGAUCGAGCUCUUGCAGGGCUUCCUUGACUACACCACUCAGCGAGGAUCCUCCCACCAUAACGACACCGCUUUGUUUUACGAUCAAAUCAAGUCCAAGCUUCAGCUCGAGUUCAACAAAAACCAGCUUGUCGAGAAGCUCCGGAGGUUGAAGAAGAAAUACCGCAAUGUUUUGAAUAAGAUUAGUGCCGGCAAAGAAUUGUCCUUUAAGAGCCCCCACGAUCAAGCCACCUUCGAAAUUUCUCGUAAGAUCUGGAGCAAUUUGGGUUCGACCGGCGCUGCGGCCGAAGAUACCGCUCUGGAUGACGACGAAAUCAGCCCCAAUCCUAACCCUAACCCUAACCCUAAUUUUAGCCACUCACAGCCCAAGAAUGAGGUAAUAAUUGGGAUUCCUGAAGAGAAGAGAACGCCGUCGUCCCGGAAACGUUCGCGGUCUCGAUCCGGGAUCAGAACGGAUGAGAAGCGCGACUUGAAUGAUGGAUUGGCGUCAAACAAAGAUAAUUAUUGUAUUAGUAAUAGUAAUGCUAAUACUAAUAAUAAUCAUAACAAUAACCAUAACAUACCAGGCUUGAUUGAGGAGACGGUGAGGAGUUGUUUGUCGCCCUUGUUCAAGGAGAUAGUGAGUAAUGCCAUGGGUGGCCCAUUCGGGGCUAGGGGGUUUGGAGGAUUGACAUUAAAUCCUAUGCCAUUGAGCUUCGGUGUGCCAUCUUUGAUGAAUUGCGGCGGCGGAGAAACGGUAGAUGACAAGUGGAGGAAGCAACAGAUUCUGGAGUUGGAGGUGUACUCGAAGCGGCUGGAGUUGGUGCAGGAUCAGAUCAAGGCUGCGCUGGAGGAGUUGCGAUCCGCUGGACGAUGACCAGGGCUUUUAAUUUAAAGGUGUUUUUAUUGACGGUUGUCGAAUAAAAUGUCAGCUUAAAAUGGAUGUACUUUAAAGGGAUGCCAUCAUUUCAUAUGAUAUGCAGUAAAGGAUGCGCUAGCGAGUGUUUGUAUAGUGGCACAUUCUCGAGGAAAGAAUUACUCUUUCUUGUGGCAGAACUCAGAAGGAAUUGCUUUUCAAAAUUGCAUGUCUUCGGGGCUUGCCGGUUUGCUUUUUUGUAUUAUUGUUAUUUGUUGUAUAGCAGCAUAUUUCAGUCGAA